CUGAGGGUCGCUCCCCCACCCAGCCGCGUCUCUGCGCGGCGGGAGCGGCCCGCGGCCCCUCGCCGAACAGGGUGGGGGCGGCGGCGGGCGCCUGUGGAGGGGCAACGGGCAGCGCCGCGGCAGCCGGGCCCCCCCCUUAUCGCCAUCUUGGCCUCCCCUCUUCGCGGCGCCCGUGGGAGCCCCGCCCACCUUCUCCCACGCUAUUGGCCCAGGCGGGGCCGAGCGCACUCUCCUUUAGGCCCGCAGAGUCUUGAGUUGCUAUUGGUGGUGGAGCUGGGAUGGACGGCGGCGACAGCCAAUAGCGAUGUGGCGCUGCCUGCGCCCUUUCUCGCUCUCCCCCGCUGUGGUCCCGCUCUCCUUGGGGACUUUUCUCGCUCCCCGGGGGGCGGGGGGCCCGUGGCGUAGGGCCCGCUGCUGAGGACCGGGGUAGCUCAUCGCGGCCACCCGUCGCCCCUUCUCCUCCCAGGGGGCGGCUUGACGUUUGUCCCGGGCCCUGCUGGGUCUUGACCCAGAUCGUUGGCUGUUGCUGGGGUUCCCUGCAGGAACCCCGUGGCCCUCACUGCGCAGGGGAGCCCCGGAGAGGAGCUCCAGGCCUGCACCUGACGCAGCUCAUCGCAUGCUGUGGAUCCUUCAGAGCUCUGCUGAGGCCAGACACAGCUCAUGGCAUGCACUGCCUGUUACUGAGCCCAGACUUUACCUUUACUUUACUUCAUCUGCAGCCGGACAUCAUGUCUCACACCCUCCCAGCUCCGGACGGAGCUCCCCUGCUGUGACCAGACACGUCUCUGUCAGCUUGGCUUGGUUGCAGAAAUAUCAGGGGGUUGAUAAAGAUCUGUGCCAGGUUUAGGUGCUGGCUCAGCAUCUUGCCACGAUGUCAGCUGAGCACCGACACACUUUGUUGUUGGGAUCAGCGUGGGGGUGAGGUGGGUAAACCCUCAGCAGCUGCGUGGGGACAAUAUGGCCCCGUGGUGAGAACAUGGAGGGUCAUCAGCGAGGGCAGCAGAAGCUUCACCCACUGGUUUUGGUUGGUGAGAGAAAGGCAGAGAAGGGCCUCUGGCUGUUCCAGGCUGUUUCUUUCUUCUGGCAUCUAUUGCUUUCAUUUUAUUGAUGCAUUUCUUAAAUAGCUCUGUAGGUGUCCUUUCUCUGAUGCAUGGGAAGGGGUUUUAAAUCCCAGCAAACAGCCACAAGCAGCCGUGUGGCUGCCAGUGUGGGACGGUGACAAGCAGGAGUGUCCCCGGACCUUGCGCUUGACUUGGUGUCCCAGAGUUUUUGGUGACGUUAAACCCCAAACUGUAGCUGGUGGCUCUGUAGCCACUGCUGGUAGUCAUGGUGCCGCAGAGUGGAAUGAGAGCCAUCUUGUUCCCUUCCGGUGCUGUCCACCGAGGUCCUGGUGGCCUUCUCCUUGUUGAAGUUCUUUGUCUUCGAGGGACCUGGCUCUUUUCUGGGCUCCCCAAACCAUGGUGGGAAGGACCAGGAAUCUCCCCUGGCAGCAAUACCUGGAGCUCCAGCCUCAUCUCUGCAGGUUGGCAAAGAAACCUUGGUUGUCAGUGAGGGAAGGCUGGAAGGAAGGACUGUGGUGGGAAGGAGACUGAGGUCUCCUCCGGUGCAAGAGGCUGCCUCUGCCCUUCAGAAAUGGCCAACGCAGUGCUGUGCUUGUGUACAUCAUGGCAACCUUUAGCCCUUCCUUUAGAGGAGCCACUCGUGCUGGAUUUUUAAGGCUGCAUGUACCAUAGGGGCCUGUAUUGCGAUAUUAUCCAAUAUGAGGAUUUUUUUCAGCGGAGCUUUCAACCCCUUAUAAAUUUAAAUCUCCUGAGGAGUGGGUUGUUCUUCUUAGUCACUUUUUACAGCCCCCAGGUGUGAAAACUGCUGCUGGGGAGAGUGGAACCAUUCCUGAGCAAACUCCUGGGGUAGAAUUAGGUUUGUCCCCGGUGGCUUUGUGCAUUGCAGCCGUGUUGUUUGCUCAGUUGUGCUCUCUAGGAACCUCACCCCCUGCUCCUGGCACAACACCCGGCGGAAACGAUGGGAGGUUUUUGGAAAGCCUCAAGCACACUGUGGUGACAGCGAGAGGACAACUGAACUCUCUGCUUUCACGUCCCCCCCUCUGGUGGGACGGAGACAACAUGGGCUGAAAUAGCAUUUAAGCCUGCUGAAAUCGAGUCCGCUCAGCAUUUCGGUGUGCACGGGUGCUGUUUGCAGAAGGAUUCUUUUUUAUCCGUGGCCAGGAGGUGUUUUCAAGCGUGCCAAGAAGAUCAAAACAUUCCUAGAUUGCUGCUGAGAAGUUUCUGUGUUGCAGACAAGGUCACCGUGUUCGGCUCAGCGUGUCUGAGUUUGUUUCAUUCCUGCUUUCAAGGUAUUUCGGAAGUGGGUAGCUGUGUCUCUCCGAAUAUCCAGGUGCGUGUCUUAUCCCAGGCACUCGGCUCUCACUGCCAGCAAUUUCCGUGCCGUUUUAGAUGCUUCUCCUUAGUGGUAAGUAAUUGUGUGUUUUACAAAUGAGCUGGUUUAUGGCAGUCAGUUGCUGUCGUGGAAAGCUCUUUUUGGGUGAUUUCUCUUGAGAAUAUCCUGGUUGUUUCAUUAAAGCAAUGGGAAUGCCAUACAUUUUGUUUUUCCCAUCAACAGGUAAAAUAACCCUUCCUUCAGGUGUAUGAGGUAUGCUCGUCCCUCAGCACUCCCAGCAAUCGGCUAAUGCCUUGCUUUUUCCUGAACACAGUAUUAAAUGUGAGUGUGUUCAGCUCAUGCUAAUGACCUUAUCCUCCAGUAUCUUUUUGCUCAUCUGUCUUUUUCCCUCCAGCAUCUUUGCUCAUAACUUGCCUGAACUUCAAGAGCUUGAGGCAAGUUUGUCAGCAGGAUUUUCGAGUUUAUUUAUUUGAUGAUCAAGUUGAUGAUUGGACUAGAUGAUCUUCCAGCCUAGACAAUUCUAUGAUUCUAAGUUGCCUUUAUACCCGUAUUUUAAAAUCCUUUUUUCCUACUGAUAGAUGCUGUUGGAGCUCCGCUGGGACCAGGGCAGUUAGGUGCCUGCAGUCUGCUGAUCAAGUAGCUGAUUAGAAUUUUAAGGCAAAGGUCCUGCAAUUCAUGGUACCUAAUAUUUGCCGGUGGAAAUUGUUACCUGAAAUUAAAUUGUGCCUUCAGGCUCCAUCACUGUGGGUGUGCAGACUCAAACCAGCACCUGCAGCUGAUUUCUGUGGAUGCAAAAGAGACACAAACUUUUCCCAAAGCCUUUUUGUUUCUUGGGACACAUGGUGUAUAAUGGCUUCAUCUGGUUGUUCACAGAGCCAGCAUUUUCAGGAAAAAGGUGUUGCUCCUGGAAUUCGUUCUUUCUUUUUGGGAUAAGCUCGGGACUUUUUGUUAGGUCCUGGUCCUGCGAGGUGCUGCUUGCUCUGACUCGCAUGAUUGAGGGUUUGUGGAGCUACGGCCUUCACAGAGCAGAAAUAAAGCAACAGCUGAGUACAGAUUACAGGUUUGUAGUGUGUUUUCUUGUCUGUGGGUCCCACAGAAAGGGGCUGAAAGUGUGGGUUGCUCUGAAGAAGGGUGAGGUGCCGGUUCAGGCCUCUGCGUAGCAACCGAUAAGCUCUGGGCUGACUUAUCUUCUUGGGGAGAUUUUACAUUUGCUUUUCUUUGUCUCCUCUCUGGCUUGUUUCAGCCUCGGCCCAUUUUUUCCCUUAACUCGUGUUCCCAUCCCCGAUGCUGCCCUUCUCACUUGCGUUACUCCCUUGGUUUAUGCUUCACUGCCUCUCUCCUUUGCCCUGAGAUCGCUGGGCUCCUGCUGGUGCGUCUCCAUCCUCCCCCAGCUCACCUCUCUGGCUCCGGGCUUCUCCUCCACUCCCUCUUUGACGGGCACCUCCUUAAUGUCAGGAGCUGACUCUCAAAUAAUUAUCUGGGUUGCUGAUUAGCAGUUUGUGAGGGCAGAACUGGCUUGGGCUCUGAGUGAUCACCACCGCGCGAUCCAGAAGCCGUUGUGCUGCUUUCCUGCUCCUACCCCUCUGGACCCUCCAUGUGGAACCAGCUUAGGUGUCUGACCACAGAUUGUGGCUCCAGAAGGCGGCUAACAUGGAGCCAAAACCAGGUCUCUGGACUGCAGCGAUGAGGAAGCCUCGGAGGAGGUCCCGACAGAACUUGGAGGGGAGACGUUCUCCCUCGCCCUACAGCCUCAAGUGCUCGCCCACUCGGGAGACUCUGACCUAUGCUCAGGCCCAGCGGAUCGUGGAGGUAGACAUCGAUGGGCGGCUUCAUCGCAUAAGCAUCUAUGAUCCCUUAAAAAUCAUCACGGAGGACGAGCUGACUGCCCAGGAUAUCACAGAGUGCAACAGCAACAAGGAAAACAGCGAGCAGCCCCUUUUCCCUUCCAAAUCUAAGAAAACAUCUUCCAAAGGCAAGAAGAAAGAGCCCUGCUCCAAACAUGCCUCGGGGGCGUCUUUACACUUGCCCCAGCCCAAUUUCCGUGUGGUAGACUUCUUCAGCCAGCCAGAUGCCCCCCCUCUCCCUGCCGCCUACUACCGGUACAUCGAAAAGCCUCCUGAGGACCUGGACGUUGAGGUGGAGUAUGACAUGGAUGAGGAGGAUCUGGCAUGGCUGGAAAUGGUCAAUGAGAAGAGAAGGGACGAUGGUUACGGGACAGUUUCUGCUGACACUUUUGAGCUGCUGGUGGACCGGUUGGAAAAGGAGUCGUACCUGGAGAGCCGGAACAACGGGGCUCAGCAGUCCCUCAUCGACGAGGACGCCUUCUGCUGUGUUUGCAUGGACGAUGAGUGUCACAACAGCAAUGUCAUCCUCUUCUGUGAUAUCUGCAAUCUGGCCGUGCACCAGGAGUGUUAUGGUGUGCCCUAUAUCCCCGAGGGGCAGUGGCUUUGCCGCUGCUGCUUACAGUCCCCUUCUCGCCCUGUGGAUUGUGUCCUUUGCCCCAACAAAGGCGGAGCCUUCAAGCAGACCAGUGAUGGCCGCUGGGCUCACGUGGUUUGUGCCAUCUGGAUCCCAGAGGUCUGCUUUGCAAACACUGUGUUCCUGGAGCCCAUCGAAGGGAUAAGUGACAUCCCUCCGGCUCGGUGGAAGCUUACAUGCUAUAUCUGCAAGCAGAAGGGCAUGGGAGCUGCUAUCCAGUGCCACAAGGUGAACUGUUACACUGCCUUCCACGUCACCUGUGCCCAACGGGCUGGUCUCUUCAUGAAGAUCGAACCCAUGAGAGAAACCAGCAUCAACGGCACGACAUUCACCGUGCGCAAGACUGCCUUUUGUGAAAGUCAUUCCCCGCCUGGGAUGGUGAAAAAAGGGGCUCCUGCUGCUAGUGGUGAAGGGUGGGAGGGCACAGUGAAGGAGGAGGGAGAGGAGGAAGCCAAUUGUGGCCCUCCCAAAGGGUCUCUGAAAAAGAACCAAGUGAAAUUGAAACAGAAGAUCAAAAAGGAGCCGGGUGACGUGACCAACGGGCGUUCGUCUGUGCCCAUGGUGACCGUUGCACAAAUCCCCUCUUACAGGCUGAACAAAAUCUGCAGCGGCCUCUCCCUCCAGAGGAAGAACCAAUUCAUGCAGCGGCUCCACAACUACUGGCUGCUGAAGCGGCAGGCGAGGAAUGGGGUGCCCCUCAUCCGGCGCCUGCACUCGCACCUCCAGUCCCAGAGGAAUGCCGAGCAGAAGGAGCAAGACGAGAAGACCAGCACAGUGAAGGAAGAGCUAAAGUACUGGCAAAAACUGCGACAUGACUUGGAGCGGGCCCGGCUACUCAUCGAGCUGAUCCGCAAGAGGGAAAAACUCAAACGGGAGCAGGUCAAGGUUCAGCAGGCUGCUAUGGAGCUACAGCUCACCCCUUUCAACGUCCUUCUGCGCACAACGCUGGACCUGCUGCAGGAGAAGGACACUGCCCAGAUCUUCGCAGAGCCUGUUAACCUGAACGAGGUUCCAGAUUACCUGGAAUUCAUUUCCAACCCAAUGGAUUUUUCCACCAUGAGGCGGAAGCUGGAGUCCCACCUGUACCGAACAUUGGAUGAGUUUGAGGAAGACUUUAACCUUAUAGUUACCAACUGCAUGAGGUAUAAUGCUAAAGACACGAUUUUCCACCGAGCAGCUGUCCGGCUCAGAGACCUUGGAGGAGCGAUAUUGCGUCAUGCACGGCGGCAGGCUGAAAACAUUGGCUUUGACACUGAUGUGGGGAUUCACCUGCCCGAGUCGCCCAAAACUGAGGACUUUUACCGCUUUUCUUGGGAGGAUGUGGAUAACAUCCUCCUCCCGGAGAACCGGGCUCACUUCUCCUUGGAAGCCCAGCUGAAAGAGCUGCUAGAGAAGCUGGACAUGGUGAGCACCAUGCGCUCCAGCGGCGCCCGCACGCGACGCAUCCGGCUCCUGAGGCGGGAGAUCAACUCCGUUCGGCAGAAACUGGCCCAGCAGCAGAACAAGACCAUGUUCAAUGGGGAGUCUGUGCCACAGGAAGAGGGGCUGGAUAAAUCAUCCAGGGAAGGGGACGAGGAAGGGGAUAAAGCAGAUGAUGCCAAGCCUCCGCAUCCUCCAACCCUGGAGCCCGCGGGACCCGCACCCUCCCUCUCAGAGCUGGACUCUCUGCAGGACCCUCCAACGCUCAAACCCAUCAGUGAAAGCAAGUCCUUGAAUCAGCUGCAGAAGAGGGUGAUGUCAGACCGGGAGAUCUUUGACAAGAAGGCCCUGCAGCAGGAGAGCCAGGCCUUCCAGCGCCUGCUCAGCGACAAUGGCCUCAAUGGACUGGCCUUGCCACCCGCAGACACCCCUUCCAGGCCCCCAUUCAGUGGUGUGGGCCGACGGACAUCUGUCCUUUUUAAAAAAGCUAAGAAUGGGGUGAAGCUGCAAAGAGGGCUGGACUGCGCCCUGGAGAAUGGGGAGGACCAUGGGGAACGACCAACUCGGAAGCGGCCGCAGAGCAGGACCUGCAGCGAGAGCGAUGGAGAGAAGUCGCCCAGGCAGGCGGGACAGAGAGCAGUGAUGAACGGCUUCGCAAAGCACCCAGAAAGCGGCUCUGACUCCGAGUGCAGCUCAUGCCUGGGUGGUGGACUGGGGUUUGAAGCCUGCAGUGGUUUGAUGCCUCCCAAGCGAAGUCGAGGGAAGCCGGCUCUUUCCCGGGUGCCCUUCCUGGAAGGCGUGAACGGAGACGCCGAUUACAGCAGUUCAGGCAGGACUCUCCUGAUGUCCUUGGAGAGCCAGGCUGAGCUGGAGCCCCUGGAGCUCGUGUGGGCCAAGUGCCGUGGUUACCCCUCCUACCCUGCCUUGAUAAUUGACCCCAAGAUGCCGCGCGAGGGUUUGCUCCACAACGGGGUUCCCAUCCCCGUGCCCCCCCUGGAUGUGUUGAAGCUGGGGGAGCAGAGGCAGAGAGAGGCAGGAGAAAAGCUCUUCCUCGUCCUUUUCUUUGACAACAAGAGAACCUGGCAGUGGCUUCCACGUGACAAAGUCUAUCCCCUCGGCAUGGACGACACUGUGGACAAGUUAAAGAUGCUGGAAGGGCGAAAAACCAGCAUCCGCAAGUCCGUGCAGGUGGCCUAUGACCGAGCCAUGAUUCACAUGAGCCGUGUGCGGGGAGACCAUCCCUUCGUCACAUCCAGUUACCUGUGAGGAAUCGGGGUGGCCUGUCCUCCUUUUCUUCCAGACCCCACGCGGGCAGAGGGACCGUCCUCGUGCACCGGGCAGAGAGACACCCUCACCGCUCCUCGAAGGACCCUGAAACGUGCCAAAAAAGAAAAAAAAAGAUCUGUCCAGCUUCUUUCUGAAUGUGUCUCAUCAAAGAGCUGGCAGGAGGUGAAAUGUAAGAGUCUGCAGGGGUCAGGUGUGAGGGAGCUGGGCCAGCGAGGGGAGCCAAGGUGAGUGUCGGCGGCACUGGGGUCUCCAGACCCC